GCUUAUGGAAAUCUUGGCAUUGCCUAUAGGAUGUUAGGCGAUUUUCAUAAGGCUAUCAGUUACCACGAGCGUCGUCUACAAAUUGCAAAAGAAGUGGGAGACAAAGCUGGAGAAGGACGGGCUUAUGGAAAUCUUGGCAAUGCCUAUCAGAUGUUAGGCGAUUUUCAUAAGGCUAUCAGUUACCACGAGCGUGAUCUACAAAUUGCAAAAGAAGUGGGAGACAAAGCUGGAGAAGGACGGGCUUAUGGAAAUCUUGGCAAUGCCUAUCAUGGCUUAGGCGAUUUUCAUAAGGCUAUCAGUUACCACGAGCGUUGUCUACAAAUUGCAAAAGAAGUGGGAGACAAAGCUGGAGAAGGACGGGCUUAUGGAAAUCUUGGCAUUGCCUAUCAGAUGUUAGGCGAUUUUCAUAAGGCUAUCAGUUACCACGAGCGUCGUCUACAAAUUGCAAAAGAAGUGGGAGACAAAGCUGGAGAAGGACGGGCUUAUGGAAAUCUUGGCAAUGCCUAUCAUGGCUUAGGCGAUUUUCAUAAGGCUAUCAGUUACCACGAGCGUCAUCUACAAAUUGCAAAAGAAGUGGGAGACAAAGCUGGAGAAGGACGGGCUUAUGGAAAUCUUGGCAAUGCCUAUCAGAUGUUAGGCGAUUUUCAUAAGGCUAUCAGUUACCACGAGCGUCAUCUACAAAUUGCAAAAGAAGUGGGAGACAAAGCUGGAGAAGGACGGGCUUAUGGAAAUCUUGGCAAUGCCUAUCAGAAGUUAGGCGAUUUUCAUAAGGCUAUCAGUUACCACGAGCGUCAUCUACAAAUUGCAAAAGAAGUGGGAGACAAAGCUGGAGAAGGACGGGCUUAUGGAAAUCUUGGCAAUGCCUAUCAUGGCUUAGGCGAUUUUCAUAAGGCUAUCAGUUACCACGAGCGUUGUCUACAAAUUGCAAAAGAAGUGGGAGACAAAGCUGGAGAAGGACGGGCUUAUGGAAAUCUUGGCAAUGCCUAUCAGAUGUUAGGCGAUUUUCAUAAGGCUAUCAGUUACCACGAGCGUCAUCUACAAAUUGCAAAAGAAGUGGGAGACAAAGCUGGAGAAGGACGGGCUUAUGGAAAUCUUGGCAAUGCCUAUCAGAUGUUAGGCGAUUUUCAUAAGGCUAUCAGUUACCACGAGCGUCAUCUACAAAUUGCAAAAGAAGUGGGAGACAAAGCUGGAGAAGGACGGGCUUAUGGAAAUCUUGGCAAUGCCUAUCAGAUGUUAGGCGAUUUUCAUAAGGCUAUCAGUUACCACGAGCGUCGUCUACAAAUUGCAAAAGAAGUGGGAGACAAAGCUGGAGAAGGACGGGCUUAUGGAAAUCUUGGCAAUGCCUAUCAGAUGUUAGGCGAUUUUCAUAAGGCUAUCAGUUACCACGAGCGUCAUCUACAAAUUGCAAAAGAAGUGGGAGACAAAGCUGGAGAAGGACGGGCUUAUGGAAAUCUUGGCAAUGCCUAUCAUGGCUUAGGCGAUUUUCAUAAGGCUAUCAGUUACCACGAGCGUCGUCUACAAAUUGCAAAAGAAGUGGGAGACAAAGCUGGAGAAGGACGGGCUUAUGGAAAUCUUGGCAAUGCCUAUCAGAUGUUAGGCGAUUUUCAUAAGGCUAUCAGUUACCACGAGCGUCAUCUACAAAUUGCAAAAGAAGUGGGAGACAAAGCUGGAGAAGGACGGGCUUAUGGAAAUCUUGGCAAUGCCUUUUGCCUCUCUAGUAAACUGAUUUCAGUUCAGCUACACGCUGUUCGUAGCUUAGGCAAUUUUCAAAAGGCUAUUAAUUACGACGAGCGCCAUCUACAAAUUGCAAAAGAAGUGGAACAAUUUUGGUUGACAAAGCUGGAGAAGAGUGGCGAUUUUCAUCUAUCAUACCACGAGCGUAUAAAUUUGGGAGACAAAGCUGGAGAAGGACGGGCUUAUGGAAAUCUUGGCAAUGCCUUUCAUAGCUUAGGCAACUUUCGUAGGGCAAUCGAGUACCGUGAGUGUCAGCUACAAAUUGCAAAAGAAGUGGGGGACAAGGCUGGAGAAGGAGAGUCAUACGCCAAAGAGGAGGAUGAGGUACCUUAUUACACCGGCAGGAAAGAUUUGGCAGAUAUAGAAGAUGCAACAGUAGACACUGAAGACAAUGAAAAGACUUUGAUCAAAAGAGGAAAAAUCGGAGGUAAGGAAGACUCAUGGCACCUGAGGGAAGCUGGUGCCUCUAUCAAACUUUGCAGUGGAGCUGUACAACAACCUGUGCCAUUUACAUGUAGAUGCUUAUUGUGGAACCCCAGGACCCUCUCCCCCUCCACUGCCAGUGAUGAGAUAUUGGUUAGCAGUGUUAUUGAAAUAUCUCAUGAUGGCCCACCAGAUCUGGAUUACAAGAAAAGUUUUGAAGGAAUAAGUUUUACUGUAUCUUUGAUGCACAGUGCCCCAUAUUUGGAGGGGUAUGAGGUGGUUAUCAAGCAACUGACUGACCAAGAGAACAAUGAAUGGAAGGAAUUAAAGACACAGAAUACUUGGCAUGGAUCAGAAACUUCAACAGUUCCCAAGUGGCUUUUCCCAUUUGCACAAGCUGUUUGUACAAAAUCAGCAGUUUCUUCAUUUGCUGCAGUCUGGCGUCCUAAGUCUUUCACCUUUUCAAGAGGUACUGCAGGAGGCCCGGAAUUGACCUGUAUUGUGCCUGACCUUCCUGAUGUCAGUGUCCAAAUUCCUCAGAGUUGUGUUCCUGUUUAUCAAGAUUUCUGUGUGACAAUCAAGGUACAAGAAUUCCCAAGCAGUGAGCUAAAAGGAGAGGGAGGACUUGUCGGUCCAGUUAUUUACAUUUCAGGCUCUCAAAAUGUUAGUCUCAUCGCGCCUGUAACAAUAAGGAUUCCUCUCACCUUCCGUAAAGAAAAACAAGAGUUGGCAGAGUUACGUCCCGGUGAACUGAGGAUAUUACAAUGUGAAGCACAUGACUGGAAAGACAUUACAGAUAAAUUAGAUGAACCGCCACGUCUUGUAGAUGGGAAAGUGCAAUUUAAAGUUAGGCAUUUCUCUGGAUUCCGUCCAAUCAAGUUGAUGAGAUCACUUUUACAAUCUACUUCGGGCUUCACUGAGUUUGUAGGAAAACUUUGCUAUAGGUCUAGGCCUCAGCAUGCCCGAUUUUUUACGUGCUUGUGUGAGACCGGUGUUCGUGGACAUUUUAAACUCAAACUUUUUUGCUAUCCUCAAAGACUGUAUUAUGAUGUAAUACGGAAAAUAUCGGAAUGUGUCGUACCCUACAAAGACGAAGGCUGCUCUUCUAAACCAGUUUGUGGAGAGGAGAAAAUUUUGGUGUCUCUUUCCGAGGCUAUCAUACCCCAGGGCACAGACCAGAAAAAUGCCCUGCAGUUUGUGAGAUUCCACGAGAACAAAGUUUAUUACACAGGUGGUGAAGUUUGCUUAGGAAGUGAGAGUGUUCCAGGAGUGAAGUUUUGCGACCAAAAUCAGCAACUUUUGUGCAACAUUAUCAUGGUAUUAGCGUCUCAAGUUUCUAUUCCUGUCACCUCUGACUUUGAAGAAGGAAGUGGUAUUUCCUCCCAAAGUGUGAAACAUUCAAUUGUAAAGCGUCCAAAUUCAGAAUCAUCGUCAUGCAGCCCUGUUGCAGCUCCUAGGAAGAGGAUACGCCAAUCUGCAGGUAUCUAUGUGGUUAAAGAUGGUGAACCAUCAGAUGAGGAGUUGGAAUAUCUGUCCAGGGAACUUGCAGGAAAAUGGAAGACAUUAGGAAGACGCCUGGGAUUCAACGAAGCUGCAAUAGAUGACUUUGAUCAAGCCAAUAAGGAGCUGAAAGAGAAGGCUUAUAAAAUGUUAAUGGCUUGGAAACAAAAAGUAGGCUGCGAAGCCACUUACAAAGUUUUGUACGAUACCUUGUGUGACGAAUUGGUGGAAUGUAAAUUUCUAGCAGAGCAGUAUUGUUGCAAUAAGAAAGUAGGAAAUGCCUCUCCUUAGUCAUAUACUAUAGAGACUGAGUCGUUUCUGUAUUACGUCAAAUAUCUUUGUGAGUACUCUAAAGAGCGUCUGUGUCGAGCAUUCG